GCAGUCAGUCGGCCGCGCAGCUCAGUGCGCGACGUUCGUACGCGGAGGGCUCCACUUGCAUCCCCCCAAUCCGAGUUGGUGCUUGCUCGCGAGUGGAAGCGAGACAACACGCAAUUAGAGCGAGCGGGAGGUGUGUGAGAGAGACCGUGCUAUGGCAGUGUCGCAACCUCGCCCACCUGACCGUGUUGAUGCCGCGCUCGAAAAAGUUGCGCCGUUGCGCUAUUUGAAGGCGCACGGAUGUGCUCGCCCCGAGCGUACUGUGACGCUUUAUUAUCAUAAUUUUUUAUCUUACAACUGUUUAAUAAGUUACAAAACUCGUUUUCGUCCUCAUGGUGAAGAUUUUCACGAUUUGGCAUUAAGGAUUCAAGGGUGACGAGGUGAUGGUGUGAAGCAUUAAGAUGAUGAAACGCACAGGGGUCCCUCGUCUCGGGCCUGAAGAUCCAGCGCCCAUGCCGUCUCAGGUUCCAGCCCAGAUCCAGCAGCCUGGAGCAAGCAACAUGCAUACUUUAGCCCAACCGGCCCAACCUAUUCUCGGAGCAGCGACGAUGCUGUCUGUGGGCGGCGGGCCGGCGGGCGUGGGCGGGUUCGCGCGCGCCCCGCCGCGGCCCGCGCCCGCCAUGGCCUACAUGAAGCCCGGGGCGCCGUACGCCGCGCCCAAGCAGCAGGCGCCGCCGAGGUUGAAGUCUCCCCCGCAACUGUUCGAGGCGGGCGGCGGGCGCGUGUCGCCGAGCCUGGCGCCGCCGGCCGCGCAGUUCCAGCGGCUCAAGGUCGAGGACGCGCUGUCCUACCUCGACCAGGUCAAGUUCAAGUUCAACAACCAGCCGCAGGUGUACAACGACUUCCUCGACAUCAUGAAGGAGUUCAAGAGUCAGACCAUCGACACGCCCGGCGUGAUCACCCGGGUGUCGAACCUGUUCAAGGGCCACCCGGAGCUGAUAGUCGGUUUCAACACUUUCCUACCGCCGGGUUAUAAAAUCGAAGUGCAGAGCAAUGGACAGGUGUCAGUCUCCAUGCCGUCUCCGACCGGGCUGGGCGCGAGUGGAGUGUUGCUCGGAGUUCAUCACGCAGCUCAGCCUCAACUUGUGCAUCUGUUACCCGUAGCACAACAGGUUAACAGCGCUAUUGUCCACAAUUUAUCAGUAAGCGCGGCGCCGGCCAACACUUUGCAUCAUAUAUCUCAAGCUCAUCAACAGAUUGAGGCGGCUAUACACCAUGCGCCAGGCGGCGCGGGCGCAGCCUCGUCUCACCCCCCGGCGCCGCCCGGGCAGCCCGUGGAGUUCAACCACGCCAUCGAAUAUGUCAACAAGAUCAAGUCCCGUUUCUCCCGGCAACCGGACAAGUACAAGCGAUUCCUGGAGAUAUUGCACGCUUACCAGCGUGGUCACAGGGAUUUGAAGGAGCCACAGAUGAAACAACAGACGGAACAGGAGGUUUAUUCGCAGGUGGCCAAGCUGUUUGAGAAUCAAGACGAUCUACUAGCGGAGUUCGGCCAGUUCCUGCCCGACGCUAAAGCGGUGACGAAGCCUGCGCCCGCGCCGCCCGCCUUCCCGCGCGACCGCUCGCCGCCGCUCAUACAGCCGCAGCGCAUAGAGCCGGAAGUGGAGAGGUUCUCGGUGUCACCGCCGCACGCUGUCCAUCCCGCCAUCCCCCACGCUCAGCCCGCGCAGCCGCUGCCUAAACAUACGCCGGUGUCGAACAAUUCGUCGACGCCUCCGGCCGUCCAUCAUCAUCUUAAACGAUCACCGAGUUUCACAUCUUCGAGUCAAUUACCAGCAGGAGCGCCGCCCGCCAAGAAGCCGCGCGCGGCGCUGGCGGCUCUGUCGGGCCGCACGGUGCGCGACGUGUCGUACGCGGAGGCCUCGAAGCUGGCCACGUUGCACGACUUCAACUUCUUCGACAGAGUCAGGAAGGCGUUGAGGAGCCAGCACAUUUAUGAGAACUUUCUGAGAUGCCUUCUACUGUUCACUAACGAGAUAAUCUCAGCGUCGGAGCUACUCGUCGUGACCUCUCAGUACCUGUGUAGACAUCCGGAACUACAGAAAUGGCUGCAAGAGAUGUUGGGGCUGUCUUCGCCGCCUCACACUCCCACCAAUACAACAGCUGGAGUCGGCUACAGCGGCGUGUUCGCGGAGAAGGCGCCGCUGCUGCAGUACGGGCGCGGCGCGCUGGACAAGCGCUACUCGCCCGUGGGGGCCCUGGGCGCGCAGCUGCGCCACGAGCGAGCCCAGGGCGACCACGCCAUGGACAUUGAUUUAUCGACGUGCAAGCGGCUGGGCACGUCAUACUGCGCGCUGCCACGCGACGCGGCCAACAGGAAAUGCUCGGGGCGGACCGCUUUGUGUAAAGAGGUGUUAAACGACACAUGGGUGUCUUUCCCGACGUGGAGCGAGGAUUCUACGUUUGUGACGUCACGCAAGACUCAGUACGAGGAGUACAUAUACCGCUGUGAGGACGAGCGGUUUGAGCUCGACGUUGUAAUUGAAACGAACGCGUCCACCAUCAGAGUCCUGGAGGGGGUUCACAAGAAAUUGUCCCGGAUGAGUCCCGAGGAGGCUGCCCGCUUCCGGUUGGACGACUGUCUCGGGGGACACUCGCCCACCAUCCACCAGAGGGCGCUGCGGCGCAUCUACGGCGAUAAGGUGGCGGUGGAUAUAAUAGCUGGUCUGAAGAAGAAUCCCGCUGUGGCCGUCCCGGUAGUUCUGAGAAGGCUGAAGGCCAAGGAAGAGGAAUGGCGGGAGGCGCAGAAGGGCUUCAACAAACAAUGGCGUGAACUGAACGAGAAGUAUUACCUGAAAUCCCUGGACCAUCAGGGCAUCAACUUCAAGCAGAACGACCUCAAGGCCAUGAGGUCCAAGACCUUGUACAACGAGGUGGAAGCGGCGUACGCGGCGAGGAAGCCCGGACCACAUUUGGUGGUGAAUUAUAACAUACAGAACAAGCAGGAAGGUAUACAAAUAAUGCGCGACGCCGCCGAACUUCUCCUCCACCACGCGCGGCGGCAGACCGCCAUACAGAAGACGGAGAAGAGGCGGAUCAAGACGUUGUUGAGGCGGUUCCUGCCCGACCUGUUCUCGCUGCCCAGGAUACCGCCUUCCGACGACGAGGAGGAUCGGUCGGACUAUAGCAUGUGCGAGUUAUCCCCGGCGAGCUCGGGCGACCGCGAGAGCUGGUCGCCCAACGGCGGCGAGUCGGAGAUGCGCUUCCUGUGCUCGUCCUCGUGGUACCUGUUCCUGCGGCUGCACGCGCUGCUGGUGCAGCGCCUGGCGCAGGUGGCGCGCGCCGCGGCGGGCAGCGCGGCCGCGCACCACGCCGCCAGCUGCGCCUGCGCACUGCGCCUCAAGCCGCCCGCGCCCGCCGCCGAGCCCGCGCGCCCCUACGCCGCGCUGCUGGAGCUGGUGCGCGGCGUGCUCGACGGCAACACCGAGCCCGCCGCCUACGAGGACGCGGCCAGGGAGAUGCUCGGCAUCAAGGCGUACCCCGCCUACACGCUCGACAAGCUGGUGGGCGGCUGCGUGCGCCAGCUGCAGCACUGCGCCGCGGAGCCGUGGUCGCUGCGCUGCGCGGAGCUGUGCGCGCGCGGCGGCAUGCGCGGCGCGCACCACCUGCUGCGGCGCGCGCGCGACCUGCUGCGGCCGGAGCACGCGGCGUUCCUGGUGCGCGUGCGCCACUCGCCCGCGCAGCUCAGCGCCGCCUUCACCCUGCUGGAGAGCGGCGCCGGCAGCUCCGCGCCCCAGCACCCGUCGCACCCGCCGGUGUUCCUGCGGCGCUGCGCAGUCGGCGCCGACCCGCCGCCGCGGUCGCACGUCUCUGCUAACGUCCGAGCGCACGCGCAGGCUCGCAAGGGCGUCCCCAGCGCGAGCGGCGAGCGGGAACGAUCGAUGGCGUUGCGCCUGUUCCGCAGAAGAGAAACCAAAAAUCGACAGAGAGCCGAAGCGGUUGGCCGGGAGAGAGUCAGGCGGUGGCGGGAGUGGCUCCGGCGGAGAGGUGAAGCGGAAAGCUGAGGGAACGAACGAGACGGAAUGGGGAUCAAUCGGAGAGUGUCGGCGGUCAAUACGGUGGUGAUUCAAAAAGUGAGAUACGCGAGUCCGAAUCCUUUGACGUGAUAAAGUGAAAUGUUAAUAACGCGACCGUGUACCAAUACCUCUAACAAUUAUGUACAUUAGCUGGAAUGCUGACCGAUGCUUUUACAGUGAGGGAAAACAUGUGUAGACACGAUUCAAUGUGGGACAGGCAACGGAGGUCGGACGGGAGUCGCUUCGUGUGAAUACCUGACUCGCAGAAUCCAGGGUGGUCCCUAGGGGACGCUCCGGGAGGAACGCCAGGGAGACAAGACAAAAGGUCGCGACGCGUUUUAGUGCCGCGCGCCGUGUACAUUACCUGAACAAUAAACGUUGCUAUAUUUAUAAUAAA